AUGCAAUUUCUGGGUCUUAGAUUCGCAAAAUCACCAUUCCGUCGCUUCGUUAUUGUGAUUAUAAUUGCAUUGGGCUUUGCACGAGUCUCCUCGUUAUCGAAUGAAACCGACAAGUCUGCAUUGCUUGCAUUCAAGGCUGGGAUAAUCGAUGACCCUCUCGGUGUGCUUAGCUCUUGGAACAAUACGGUUAGCCUCUGCCGAUGGUACGGCGUCACGUGCAGUCGCCAACAUCACAACAGAGUCACCGUAUUGGACCUGAAUUCCCAGAAGCUCACAGGAUCUAUCUCUCCUCACAUCGGGAACCUCAGCUUCCUGAGAAAACUGUGGCUCAUCAAUAACAGCUUUCACCACGAAAUCCCUUCCCAAAUCGGCCGGUUGCACCGCCUACGCUACUUAUCGUUGUCCAAAAAUUCUCUCACAGGCGAAAUCCCCAAGAACACUUCGGGUUGCCUUAACCUUCUUGCCCUCGGAAUGCAUCAUAACCAACUGAAUGGAGAAGUUCCUCCAGAGAUCGGUUCAUUGGUGAAGCUUCAGGCCCUUCAUUUAGGAGCAAACCAUCUAACAGGAAGUGUCCCUUCUUCCAUCGGGAACUUAUCAUCGUUGGAGGAUCUUACUCUUCAGGAAAACUACUUGGGCGGGAGUCUUCCUCAGUCUCUAGGCCUACUGACCAAACUAACAUCACUCGGUCUAGGAGAAAAUCGGUUGUCCGGUACGGUUCCGCCUUCCCUCUACAAUUUGUCUUCAUUGUUAGGAUUUGAUGUAGGAUAUAACCAAAUACAUGGAAGUCUUCCCACCACGAUCGGCUUUGGUCUUCCCAACUUAGAAUUUUUCGGCAUUGAAGAGAACCAGUUUGUCGGAUCAAUUCCUCUGUCCAUGCCUAAUAAUGCCACAAAUCUACGAACACUUCAACUUGGGAGCAACAAACUCUCAGGGAAAGUUCCUUCUUUUGAAAGUUUGCGGAACCUUCAAGGGUUGAGCAUUGAAUUUAACCACCUUGGAAGUGGGGGAUUCGGUGACUUGAGCUUCCUUUGCUCAUUAACCAACAUCACUAGCUUAAACGGGUUGUCUAUUCUCGAUAAUAGACUCGGUGGGUUGUUGCCAGCAUACAUUGGUAAUCUCUCCAUUAACAUGACAUGGUUGGGAUUGGGCAUGAAUCCUAUUUUUGGUGAGAUUCCUAAAACAAUCGGCAAUCUUGUAAACUUGGAAGUCUUGUGGAUGGGAAACAACUUUCUUUCGGGUGCUAUCCCGUCUGAGCUGGGAAAUCUUCAAAAUUUAACGGUUCUAAUUCUCUGCAAUAACAAUCUAUCGGGGGUAAUUCCGUCCUCUUUGCAGAAGACGAAGAAAUUGCUUAAAUUAUAUCUUGAUGGGAAUCAACUUUACGGGCACAUUCCUUCACAUCUAGAGAAGUGUCAAAAUCUGAUGGAGCUCGAUCUUGCUAACAACAAUCUCAAUGGUUCCAUAUUCCCUGCAAUUAAAACUCUACUCUCUUUGAACUUGUCUCACAACCGUUUGAGUGGGGCCCUUUCGGCAGAAGUAGGAAAAAUUGAGCAUUUAAUUACUCUGGACAUUUCUGGCAACAUGUUUGGUGGUGAAAUUCCGAGUACUCUGGGGGAUUGUGAUGGACUGGAAGUAUUAAAAAUGAAGGAUAACCACUUCCAAGGAUCCAUCCCUCAAUCAUUUAGUUCUUUAAGAAGCAUUGAGGAUUUGGAUCUUUCCAAUAACAAUUUGUCGGGUGAAAUUCCAAAGUUCUUAGAGACAUUUCACUUCUUGGAAAUUCUGAAUUUAUCCUACAACAAUUUUGAAGGCAUGUUACCAACCGAAGGAGUCUUCAAGAAUGCGAGCGCCACUUUUAUUGCUGGAAACAACAAGAUUUGUGGAGGAAUCCCCGAAUUUCAGCUCCCUAAAUGCAUCUCUAGCCACUCCAAGAGCAAAGGAGUAGCUCUUAAAUUGAAACUCUCACUCUCCGUUAUUUUUGGGAUUCUAGGGGUGGUUCUUGUCCUUGUCUUGGUGUAUGUAUGUUGGUUGAAGAAGAAAAAAGCACGAGAACCAACUUCAAGUUUCACGGCCGAGACCAAGCAAAACUUAUCUUAUGGAACUCUCCUUAAAGCAACUGAUGGUUUUUCUUCAACUAAUUUAAUUGGUGUUGGCAGUUUCGGAUCUGUUUACAAGGGAAUACUGCAGGAGAAUGGGACUAAAGUUGCUGUGAAGGUGCUUAAUUUAACACAUCAUGGUGUUAUUAAGAGCUUCAAAGCUGAGUGUGAGGCUCUAAAGCGUAUGAAACACCGAAAUCUUUUGAAGGUACUAGCAGUAUGUUCAAGUACUGAUUAUGGUGGAAAUGACUUUAAGGCUUUGGUCUAUGAGCUCAUGGUCAAUGGUAGUCUCGAAGAGUGGUUGCACCCAUCUCUAAUAUCAACUAAUGCAGAUGGGCCUUCAAAAAAAUUAAGUCUCAUCCAUAGGAUAAAGAUUUCAAUCGACGUUGCUUUUGCAUUGGAUUAUCUUCAUAACCAAUGCCACAGCACCAUAGUUCAUUGUGAUAUAAAGCCAAGCAAUGUCCUUUUAGACGAUGAGAUGGUUGGACACGUCGGCGACUUUGGAUUGUCAAAGAUCAUCCUUGAAUCCACAUGCUACACGAACAUAGAUAUAAGCUCAGUUGGUUUGAGAGGAACAAUUGGUUAUGCUGCUCCAGAAUAUGGAAUGGGUAGUGUGGUUUCUACUGAGGGUGAUGUCUAUAGCUAUGGCAUCCUCUUGCUAGAGAUGUUAACGGGAAUCAGUCCCGCAGCUGAGAUAUUCAAAGAAAAUUCGAACCUUCAUAAUUUUGUUGUGGAAGCUUUGCCUGAACGAGUUCUAGAGAUUACUGAUCCUUUUCUAGUUCAAGAAGUAGAGAACGAUGCAUGCCAAACCAGAAAGAGUACAAUCCAGGAUUGUUUACUAAUGAUCUACAGAAUUGGGAUAGCCUGCUCAGUUAGAGUCCCAAGAGAGCGAAUGAGCAUCACAGAUGUAGCAGCUCAACUAGGUUCGAUCAGGGACAGACUUUACGAAGCUGGCUAAUGA